GCUGCAACUGAAAGUGUCCAAAGUCACGUUUUCGUGACACCAUUCCCCAUUCAUUUUUCAGUAUAAAAAUAAUUUCAACAAAUUCGAGCUUAGACGACAUUGAAUUUUUAACAAAAACUUGUGAGCUAAAAUGUUCGAACUAGUGUAUUUAAUAUUCUGUUGUAACUUAUUUGUUGGUAUAAAAGCUUUUCCGGGCAUGGAAGAAUGCAUAAGUCCUCCUUUGGAGUGCCCUAACAUAAAUAUAACGUUUUGGUUAUAUACUAGGGCGAAUGAAGACAAGCCACAUCAGAUACGUGCGGGAGAUUCAGAAUCUAUUAAAAAGGCUCCAUGGGUGCAACAUGCUCCAGUCAAAAUACUUGUCCACGGAUACACGGGCUUUAAAGAAUUUUCACCAAACACGGAAAUAAGACCUGCUUACAUGGAAUGCUGUAAUUACAACAUUAUAAGCGUAGACUAUGAACCAAUAGCCAGACAACCUUGUUACAUACAGGCCGCCCACAACACUGAGCUCGUGGGGAUGUGCACUGCUCAGCUGAUUGAUGAUUUAAUUGAGAAUCACGGUUUUACAUUGGAUCAGUUUCAUCCGAUCGGAUUUAGUCUUGGAGGGCAAACGGUUGGUUACAUUGGAAACUACUUGAAAUCAGGGAGGCUGAAUAGGAUCACGGCACUCGAUCCAGCAUUUCCAUUAUUUGUAACGCCCGAUAAUAAUAGAAAGGUUGAUAAAAGCGAUGCUUUGUUUGUGGACGUACUGCAUACCAACGCGCUGUGGAAAGGGAAGUUGGAACCCAGUGGCCACGUCGACUUUUACGCAAACGGCGGUUUGACACAACCCGGUUGCAAUGCAACGGCUAAUGCAACAAAGUCUAGCUGUGACCAUGCUCGGGCCCCUAUGUAUUUCGCUGAGUCAAUCAUCUCUGAUAGGGGCUGCUAUGCAAGAAAAUACUCCUGCUUGUUGUUCCUGGGAUUAUGUUCACCGAAUAAACCUGACGAGACCAUCCUGUUUGGUGAACAUGUAUCUCAAAAUGCAUCAGGUGUCUACUUUCUAAGUACGAAUUCAGAAUCUCCGUACUGUCGAGGAAAUGAUAACGAUGACGCAGCAACCAGAGCUGCUUUAUUUGACAACUUAUAUCUACUCUCGGAACCUGAUAUUAUAAACUAUUUAAACAGUAUGGGUUGAAAUAUACGUUAUGCUA